AUGGGCAGUCCAGCCUCGACAGAUAUGCCCAUCGAGGCAGCAGCGCCGGCCUCGCGAGCCCGCCAGGGCGAAAAGUCUUUGGAGCUGCCCGCCAAGACGGCGCCUCUCCGCGGGUACGGCAUCGACUACCGCGUCGACCCGACCGUCUCCUUUGCCGAGUUUCGCUACUGGGCCAAGGUGGAGCGCGAGGAGGAGCGCGAGGCGGAGCGGCUCUAUCUCGAGCGGCGCGGGCCCAUGACGCUGAAAAAGAUGAUCAAGAGCCGCUUCUCCAAGGGUGUCCACCACGACAACAAGAAGAUGGAUCAGCGACAGCAGCAGCAGCAGCAGCAGCAGCAGCAGCUUGAGGCGACGCGCAUCGGACCGUCGACGGAAGAAAAGGGCGGCUCCGAGUAUGACAGCACAGAGGGAGGCCGUCGCAAAGGCAUGUUGAGUAGGUCUCCGGGAAACGCGGCCGCGGGACGUGACGGCAACGACAACAGUGUAUUGGCAGCGUCUGCUUCGGACGAGGACAAAUCUGCGCCCAGUCUAGCUCACGGCGGCUCCAGCACCACCACCUCGCUCGACGAGGAGUGGAAGACGGCCGCCAGGGCUCUACGCACUGCUGGCUGGAGCUCCGUCUUCUUCCUCGUCACCACCGACAUUCUCGGCUGGUCGAGUUGUCCUUUUGUCUUUGCCAGUGUCGGGUACGGCACCGGCGUCGCCUUGUACGUCGUGUUUGGCCUCGCCGCCUCGCUCAGCGGUCUUAUGCUCUGGAAAAUCUUCACCACCAUGGACUCGUCGCGCUACCCAAUGCUCAGCUAUGGCGACAUCUUUUUUCGCAUCUUUGGCCCCAAGACGAGACACUUUAUCAACGUGGCCCAGUCGCUGCAGCAGUUUUGCACAGUCAUGGUGCUCAUCUUUAGCAAGGGCCGCAUCAUCUCUUUGCUCGCCGGACCGCAGCUGUGCUUCAUUGUGUGCAUGAUCAUCAUCAUGGCCAUUGGCAUGGUAUUUGGGAGUAUUCGAUCUUUGCAACGUCUGGGAUGGAUCUGUAAUCUUUCAGUCUGGUUCAACAUCGUGAGCUUCAUCUCCAUUAUGGUUGCUGCGGCAAAGUACGACAUCUACUACCCGCCAAUCUUUGGAUCCACCAUCCUACCCAAGGAGAAGCUUCCAGUCAAGAAGUUUGCAGGCCUGGUACCGGAUGCAUAUCAGCAACAGGCGCAUGGUUUUGCUGGCAUCUUCAACGGAGUCGACAACAUGGUUUACGCAUACAGCGGCGCGAUCCUCUUCGUCUCGUUCAUGUCGGAGAUGCGACACCCGAUGGAUUUCUGGAAAGGCAUGAUCUGCGCACAGGCCUUUAUCUGCGUCGUGUAUCUUUUCUUUGGCAUCUUUGUAUACAGUUACUUUGGACAGUACUCGGCUUCUGUCAUCUAUCAGGUCAUCAAUCCUGCAGGAUUGCGCACGUUCAACAACGUGCUGAAUCUGCUGACUGGUCUCAUUGCAGCGGUACUGUACUUUCACGUCGGCAUGAAGACUGUCUACAUCGAAGUGUUUCAAGAGAUUUUCAAAUUUCCACCCAUUGCGACAAACCGAGGCAAAUGGAUGUGGUAUGCUCUUGGGCCCCUCUACUGGAUCAUUGCCUUCCUCAUCGCGGCCGCAGUGCCCAACUUGAACGGCAUUGUGGGCUUCGUGGGCGGUCUCUUUGCUGUCAAUUUCAGCUACUCGUUUCCGGGCAUUGCUUAUCUGGGCUGGUCUGUUUUAUCCGCCGCUGAGCUGCCUGGCGAAGGAUUCAACCCCGAGACGGGUGAAAAUGUGGUGCACGAUAGCGGAGUGAAGCGAUGGUCGCGCGGCUUCAUGAAGAAGUGGUACAUCCAUAUUCCGUGCACCAUAUAUGCCCUGGCCGGUUUAGCCACGUCCGGCAUGGGAACCUGGGCAGCUGUUGAGGGUUUAAUUAGUGUGUUUGGGCCUGGUGGCACUGUGGCGACUUCUUAUGGGUGUCGUUCGCCUGUUUGGGGCUAA